AUGCCGGCCCACAGCCACGACACGCUCACACCACCCUUCCCCCUGAAGCAGGACACGCCCACAGCCACGACACGCUCACACCACCCUACCCCUGGUGCAGGACACGCUGGCCCACAGCCACGACACACUCACACCAUCCUACCCCCUGGAGCAGGACACGCCAGCCCGCAGCCACGACACACUCACUACCCCUGCAGCAAGACACAUCAGCCCGCAACCACAACACGCACAUACCACCCUACCACGGAGCAGGACACAUCAGCCCGCAGCCACGACACGCUCACAACACCCUAUCCCCUGGGGCAGGAGACACCAGCCCCAGCCACAACACACUCACACCACCCUACCCCCUGGAGCAGGACAUCAGCCCGCAGCCACAACACGCUCACACCACCCUACCCCCUGGAGCAGGACACGCCAGCCCGCAGCCACAACACGCUCACACCACCCUAUCCCUGGAGCAGGGCACACAUCCCGCAGCACAACACGCUCACACCACCCCCUGGAGCUGGACACGCCAGCCCACAGCCACGACACGCUCAACCAUCCUACCAUUGUAGCAGGAUACGUCAGCCCGCAGCCACGACACUCUCACAUCACCCUACCCCCUGGAGCAGGAUACACCGGCCCGCAGCCACAACACACCCACUAGCCUACCCCCGGAGCAGGACACCUCAGCCCGCAGCCACGACACGCUCACAGCACCCUACCCCCCGGAGCAAGGCACACCGGCCCGCAGCCACAACACACCCACACCACCCCUGGAGCAGGAUACGCCGGCCCGCAGCCACAACACGCUCACCACCCUACCCCCUGGAGCAGGACAUGCCAGCCCGCAGCCACAACACGCUCACACCACCCUACUCCCUGGAGCAGGGCACACCAUCCCGCAGCCACAACACGCUCACACCACCCUACCCCUGGAGCUGGACACGCCAGCCCACAGCCACGACACGCUCACACCAUCCUACUCAUUGUAGCAGGAUACGUCAGCCCGCAGCCACGACACUCUCACAUCACCCUACCCCCUGGAGCAGGAUACACCGGCCCGCAGCCACACACCCACUACCCUAUCCCGGAGCAGGACACCUCAGCCCGCAGCCACGACACGCUCACAGCACCCUACCCCCGGAGCAAGGCACACCGGCCUGCAGCCACCACACACCCACACCACCCUACCCCCUGGAGCAGGAUACGCCGGCCCGCAGCCACAACACACCCACACCCUACCCCUGGAGCAGGAGACGCCGGCCCGCAGCCACGACACGCUCACACACCCUACCCCCUGGAGCAGGACACGCCAGCCUGCAGCCACGAUAUGCUCACACCACCCUACGCCCUGAAUCAGGAUACGCCGGCCCGCAGCCACACACCCACACACACCCUACCACCGGAGCAGGACACGUCAUCCCGCAGCCACGACACGCUCACACCAUCCUACCCCUGGAACAGGGCACACCAGCCCGCAGCAACGACACGCUCACACCACCCUACCCCAUGGAGCAGGACACACCAACCCACAGCCACAACACACCCACACCACCCUAUCCCCGGAGCAGGACACUCAGCCCGCAGCCACGACACUCUCACAUCACCCUACCCCUGGAGCAGGAAACGCCAGCCCACAGCUACGACACACUCACACUAGCCUACCCGGAGCAGGACACCUCAGCCCGCAGCCACGACACGCUCUCACCACCCUACCCCUGGAGAAGGACACACCGGCCCGCAGCCACAACACAACCACACCACCCUACCCCCUGGAGCAGGACACGCCGGCCCGCAGCCACGACACGCUCACACCACCCUACUCCCUGGAGCAGGACACGCCGGCCCGCACCACAACACACCCACACCACCCUACCCCGGAGCAGGACACCUCAGCCCGCAGCCACGACACGCUCACAGCACCCUACCCCCCGGAGCAAGGCACACCGGCCCGCAGCCACAACACACCCACACCACCCUAUCCCGGAGCAGGACACCUCAGCCCGCAGCCACGACAUGCUCACACCACCCUACCCCUGGAGCAGGAUACACCGGCCCGCAGCCACAACACACCCACACUACCCUAUCCCGGAGCAGGACACCUCAGCCCGCAGCCACGACAUGCUGACAGCACCCUACCCCUGGAGCAGGACACGCCAACCCACAGCCACGACACGCCCACCCCACCCUACCCCGGAGCAGGACACCUCAGCCCGCAGCCACGACACGCUCACAUCACCCUACUCCCUGGAGCAGGAUACGCCAGUCCACAGCCACGACACCUCACACCACCCUACCCCCUGGAGCAGGACACAUCAGCCCGCAGCCAUGACACACUGA